UUGUUUGAGGACAACGUGUUGUUUGUUUGUUGUUAGUAAUCAAACCAAGUAUUUAGUUAUAUUAUAUCUAUUGUAUGGUUUUGAUGAAUUACUUAGAGUGUUUAUGUAAAGGUUUGCUGGUCGAAAUGAUAGAGAACUCACUUUCAUAUUUAGAGGAUCAUGGAAGUAUGAUCUGUUUACAAUCACCAUUCAGUCGACCCCCUCAAAUACCUGCAACACCUGGAUUCGAUUUCAACGAAGCUUUGGAAAAUCUGUUUCCCUUGACGGAUAUGAUCUGUGUCCAUUUGGAAUACCAGGAUUUGUUAUCUGUAUCAGAUAUAUCGGAUACAUGGAAGAUAAGUGCCAAGAAGGAGCUAUCGAAAAGGGACAAGAUUUCGUGGAUUUGUUUGAAUGGAAGCCAGAUAGAAAUGAGUGAUAAUUUUAAGGAAAUGGAUAGAAGAAAUUCACUGUUUUUCUACGCAUUUCCAAAUCUUGUGCUUAACAAAGAAGUUUGCAUGCACAAAGAUGAAGCUGAGAGUAUGCCUUUUUAUGCCUUCCUUGAUGAACACAUUAUGCGGCAGCACAAAUAUUCAAAAAACUAUGCUUGUAUUUCUGUGAAAGACAUACCUCUCUGUGAGAUAGGAAAGAAAAAGACUAAAUUAUCAACAUAUUAUUGCAUAGGUGUAAUGUUUCCAGUAAUUCCAAAUAUAAGAAUAUUGAAAUUUUAUUAUAAACUAAACCCAGCGACUAAUAUAAAAGAUAUUCUGAGGAAUGAUGAGGUGGUGAAAGCGUUGAUAGUAUUUGGCAUCACGAAUCCUAAAAAAGAAUUGAAGAAAUUGAAUAAAGAUCUUCGCGCUUGGCAGGGUGACACCUUCGCGUUGGGUGGUGGUUUGGUUUGGGGUAUAAAUGUGAUUAGCCCGCAUAGGCAAAGCUUCGUUAUGCCAUCCAGUUUAUAUUGCAUUGCUUUUGUGGAGGAGAAUAGAUUCGAUCAUACUUUCUUUUCAGCCACCGCCAUCAUUAGAGAGAGUCACUCUUUUGAAUUUAGAUUAAAUUCAUUCCAGCAGUCGGUGGAACACAGGGAGCAAUCGGUGAUGUUCCGGUUUUGUUGCAUCGAAAAGAUUGAAAAUCUUGAGGACAAACUGAUACGAUAUUACUUUCCAAAUAUCGUUUUGAUACCGAUGAGGGUGAACGGCGAAAUCGGAUACGAUUACAAUUGGAGAUACUCGAAAACUCCGAAACCUGUGUUCAAUCAUAGAGAUGGCUCGGGCUUCUGCCUCGAAUACACGACGGUUCUGGUUUACUUGACUUGGGGCGAUUUGGUGAAGCCGCAGAAAGGCCCGAGGCCAAAGGAACUUGACGAAAUGUUUUAAAUACACAAAUGUAAAUAGGAAAACAUACUCGACCAAAAGCAUUCAGCAAAUCAUUAACAAUCAAGUUUUUUCGUCGUCU